AUGGAUGACGACUUUGAUGUUGAUGCAAUGCUUGAAGACUCAUACAGAAUGGGCGGCAAACAAGAAGAGGAGAUUAUGUAUACGGAUAUAUUACUAACACACAGAGAGCCACCUCCAACGAAAUCCCGAGAUAAAUCUCCUCGAAAGUCAGAUGGUUCAGAUAAACGUUCUGAUCGACAUCGUAGAAGGCAUCGUUCCCGCGAACGUAGACAUUCUUCAAAAAAAUCAUCUCGUAAAAAGUUGGUUCAUAUUUUUGAGAAUUUAGACGGACUCCAUCUCCGGAACCCACUCCUGAGGAACGAGAUUGUCGGACAGUAUUUUGUUCGUGACGUUCGGUUGAUUACGGAUAGCAAGACAAGAAGGUCUAAAGGAGUUGCUUAUGUUGAGUUCAAGUCUAUUGAGGGCGCUGAUAACGCUGUUAAAAUGGCGGGGCAGCGUUUGUGUGGCCGUCCUGUUGUUGUACAAUAUUCCCAGGCCGAGAAGAAUCGAAUAGCAUCCAACUUGGGCGUAACUACGUUCACUCAUUUUAAUGUGGGCCCAAUGAAGCUUUACAUGUCCUCAAUCCACCCCAGUGUGACAGAAGAAAUGUUGGAUACUGUUUUUUGCAAAUAUGGACGUUUUGCGAAUGGGGAAGAUGGGAGAAGAGCAUUUGACCAGUUGAAUGGAUAUGAUUUGGCUGGAGUUAAAUUGAGAAUGAGUUUUGUCAACGAGACUAAUGAUAAUCGACUUGACCUCGACCAGUCAGACCGUGGAGGAGUGGAGUUGGGAGCAGUAGGGAAGCUUCAACUAAUGAAUAAAUUAGCUGAAGAGGCGAUUGCUCUGAAGACACGGUUGAAACCAUCUUCUGUUUAUGACAAUAAUUCUGUCAGGAUUGGAAAUAUUCCGAAAUCUUUUUAG